AUGGAGUCUGCGGCGAUUUCGCUCAGGCCCCCCUCCGUUCCUCUCGCCGUCCGCUCGCCCUACCUCUCCGCAUGGCUACCCCAGGGUCCUGGUGCCAUGCUUGCAGGCACCUGGCCCCGAUUCUGGAACGGGUCAAUUCUCGGCUGGGCUGGUUAUAUCCGCGUUGACGAUACCACGUACACUUUCCUUGGCGACCCCAGCCUGAACCCAGGCCUUGCCAUCCAAAAGAGUGUGACUUAUACUUCGACACAGUCGACCUUCGUACUGACUGCUGGCCCUGUUGAUAUCACUGUAAGAUUCCUCAGCCCUGUCGAGCCCGACGACCUCGUCAAGCAGUCGAUCCCAUUUUCCUACAUGGCCGUAUCUGUUGCAGCCAACGACGGUGGCUCUCACUCCGUCAGGCUCUACACCGAUAUCUGUGCUGAAUGGGCUUCUGGCGACAACACACAUGUUGUUACCUGGACCUCAUCUACCUCCGGCGAUGUCUGGUCCCACCGGGUCGGGCCUCGGGACCAGGUUCUUUACAGUGAGCAAAACGAUCAAGCCGAGUAUGGCUCCGCCUACUACGCCACUCAGAACUCAAACAAUGCUACUGGCAAACAGUUCAUCAAUAAUGGCGAGCUCGCUAAUCAUGGUGACACCAACUUCCGCGCUGUCAGUGGCCACUGGCCCGUAUUCGCCUUUGCCCAUGACCUUGGUAUUAUUUCUGGUGCCUCUGAUCCCGUCAUCUACGCCAUCGGCCACAUUCGUGACCCUGCUGUUCAAUAUGUCACUGCCGCCAAAAACCUCCAGGACCGUAAUGCCUAUUACUGGACCAUGUACUCAAGCGUCUCUGACCUUAUCGAUGACUUCGUGAAAAGCUAUUCUACCGCUCUCUCCGAUGCCAACGUCUUCGAUAACAAAGUCAAGAGCGAUGCCACCACCGUCUCCGACCAAUACUAUGACAUUGUUGCCCUCUCUGUCCGUCAAAACAUUAACACUGUAGAUGUCAUCAUGCCCGCUUGGCCCGUCUUCCUCUACACCAGCCCGACGCUCUGCAAGUACCUCCUUCUGGGCCUGUUCGAGUACCAACAGUCCGGCCUCUACCCCAACCGGUGGGCCGCCCAUGAUCUUGGUGCUUCCUACCCAAGCGCUAUUGGUCACAACGAUGGGAAUGACCUGCCCAUGCCUCUCGAGGAGUGCGGCAAUAUGAUCAUUAUGGUUCUCAGCUACACUCAGAGGUCCAACGGCCAGUCCUUUGCCUUGGCGUACAUUCAACUCCUCGAGCAGUGGACUGACUGCCUCGUUCAGGGGGCUCUUGUCCCCGCGGACCAAUACUCCAGCGACUCAGCCACCGCCAACCACCAUCUCGCGCUCACCUACGGCGAUCUGGAGAGCUGGGGCCUGAUGUACAACCUCUACGCCGACAAGCUCCUGGGGACAAACGUGUUCCCGCAAUCACUCUUCGCAUCCCAGACUGCGUGGUACAGAAAUGUCAUCAACGAAUACGGCGCACCCCUUGACAGCCGCAGCACCUACACCAAGUCAGAUUGGCUUAUGUGGACAGCCGCGUUUGUCACCGAAAACGCGGUCCGCGACGCCAUGAUCAAUGCGGUCCACCCCUACAUUAGCGACGGGCAGAACGAUAUGCCGUUCGGUGAUUGGUACGAUACCCAUUCUGGUGACUCGAUCGAUUUCCGCGGUCGCCCCGUUGUUGGUGGCCAUCUCGCUCUCCUUGUCCUGUAA